AGACCUCUCCGGGCUUCCUCAUCUGAAGGCUACGAGCAGAUUGUGCGGCUGUUGCUAGAGAGUGCAGCGGAUGUCAAGGCCGAGGGGAGUUACUACGGCAAUGCGCUCCAGGCUGCCUCACUCGAAGGCCACGAGCAGAUCGUGCGGCUGCUGCUCGAG